GAGUCCGUUGUUUCACAGAGUCUUGUGCAAGUGCAAAUUCUAUUUUACAACACAAUUUUUUUCUAUCUAGUUAUUUUUUUUUCUGUUUCUUUUCAUUACAAUUUUUUGUUUGUUUUUGAUUGCUUGACAAAACAAAAAUUGCAUCUUUUGAAUUUCAAUUUUGUGUACUUUUUGUCUUCUUUCAAUAUUAUUGGUUUUGUGUUAUUUGUCAGCAGUGCACAUGGUUUUUGCUAGAUAAAACGUUUAUCAAGAGAAGAACAAAAACGCCAUAUGAUUCCAGAAAACUAAAGAUUGGUUAAACAACGAAUAAAAAGUGAUAUAUUUAUUUAUGCAUUUUUUUGAACUUUUUUUGAUUGUUAAUUAAGUGUUUUAUGUAAAGAAAAUUUAAAAAGUGAAAUAUACCUUAAAGACUGUUUAUAAGAACCAAACUUUUCUUUUUAAAAUUUAUUUUACAUUUUAAGUUAAGCAACAAAAUAAUGUAUAAACUGUUCAUAGUCUCCUGUCUAGUGAUUGCUUUGCAAAUAGUUAAAGCACAACAACAACAGUAUACCACACCAGUGCCAAUUCUAAAACAGAUCGAUAGACAAAAUUCCGAUGGUUCUUACACGUACGGAUAUGAAGCGGCAGAUAAAAGUUUUAAAAUUGAAACGAAAUAUCCCAAUGGGGAGGUGUAUGGUAAAUACGGCUAUGUCGACGAUCAGGGGAAUGUACGAGAAAUAGAGUAUGGAGCCACAAAAAGAGGUUUUGAACCAGCAGGCAGUGAUAUAAAUGUGCCACCACCUACCUUAACCAAUAGUAAGGCAACACCUUUGGGUCCCAAUGAAAUAGACGAUGGCCAGUAUCGUGAAAAUCCCGCCGAUUAUUAUAAAGGUCAAAAGUAUAAUCGUCCUGUGGCGGCCAGUAAAUUCUCUUUAGAUAACUAUCAACAGCCCAGACCACAACCAGCCUAUAACCCGGCUCCCGCCUAUAACCCUGCUCCCGCCUACAAUCCACCUUCCGUAUUUAAUCAUGCUCCUGCUUUUAGACCUCAAGCACCAGCUCCUGCUCCUCAACCUCAAUAUUAUAAUCCACCACCACCACCACCACCACCUGCACAGCCCCACUAUCAACCCAAUUACUAUCAACAACCUCAAGCACCCCGACCUCAAUAUAAUCCCUAUAAUCCCAGCAGUUCACCCAGUCACUUCCAUCCAGCCGUUAAAAGUCUUGAUAUUUGGAGCGGUUCCUAUAGUUUGGAUUAUACGGGUAGAAAGUAGAACUUGCGGAGCAGUAUUAAGCUGCAGCAGUUGUUGAAGAUGUGUCAAGAGAGUUUAGUUAUUUUAAGUGCAAAAGAAAUUUUAAACUUGUUAGAAGUAAAGAGUAUCCCUAGAUUGUCACCAUUUAAGACUAAAUGUUAAAAAUAAUUAAAUCAUUUUUUGUUUUAUGUAUAAAUAACGAUAUAAGCGAUAUAAAUAAAAAUAUAUAAUUUAUAAUAACGAUA